GCGGCUCCGGUUUCCGGCGGGAGAGGGUACCGCGGUGUAGAGGGGGAGAAGCUUCGGUUUGUUUCGUGACGCUUGCUGCCGGCGGCUGUACUGUUCCCUGGUAGCCGUCAGAAUGCCUCACUUGGAAAACAUGGUGCUUUGUCGCGAGUCCCAGGUGUCCACCUUGCAGUCUCUAUUUGGAGAGAGACAUCAUUUCAGUUUCCCAUCCAUUUUUAUUUAUGGGCAUACUGCCAGUGGAAAGACCUAUGUAACACAAACUUUGUUGAAAACUUUAGAGCUCCCACAUGUCUUUGUGAAUUGUGUUGAAUGCUUUACCUUGAGGCUGAUUUUGGAACAAAUCUUAAACAAGUUGAAUCAUUUCAGUUCUUCAGAGGCUGGAUGUUCUACUCAAAUAACCUGUGACACAUUUAAUGACUUUGUUCAUCUAUUUAAACAAAUAACCACAGCUAAAAGUCUCAAGGAUCAGACUGUAUAUAUUGUUCUAGAUAAAGCAGAAUAUCUAAGAGAUAUGGAAGCGAAUAUUUUGCCUGGAUUUCUUAGGUUACAAGAAUUGACUGACAGAAAUGUGACGGUUAUCUUACUCAGUGAAAUUGUUUGGGAAAAGUUUCGUCCAAAUACUGGAUGCUUUGAGCCAUUUGUCUUGUAUUUCCCUGAUUAUAGCAUAGGGAACCUUCAAAAGAUCCUGUCUCAUGAUCAUCCUCCAGAGUAUUCAUCUGAUUUCUAUGCUGCUUACAUUAAUAUUCUUCUUGGAGUUUUCUACACCGUCUGCCGGGAUUUGAAAGAGCUCAGACAUUUGGCAGUACUUAAUUUUCAAAAAUAUUGUGAACCUGUGGUUAAAGGAGAAGCAAAUGAACGUGAUACUCGCAAACUCUGGAGAAAUAUUGAACCUCAUUUGAAGAAAGCCAUGCAGACUGUUUAUCUCAGAGAAGUAUCAAGCUCACAGUGGGAAAAGCUACAGAAAGAUGACAUAGACCCAGGACAACUGAAAGGUCUCUCAGCAUAUACUCAUGUGGAACUUCCCUAUUACUCUAAGUUUAUCCUAAUUGCUGCAUACCUCGCUUCAUAUAAUCCAGCAAGAACUGACAAGAGGUUCUUCCUUAAGCAUCAUGGGAAAAUCAAGAAAACCAACUUUCUAAAGAAACAUGAGAAGACAAGCAAUCAUCUCCUUGGACCAAAACCAUUUCCACUAGAUAGAUUAUUAGCAAUAUUAUAUAGUAUUGUGGACAGCAGAGUUGCUCCAACAGCAAAUAUCUUUUCCCAGAUUACUUCUCUAGUGACCCUGCAGCUGUUAACCGUGGUUGGCCAUGAUGAUCAGCUUGAUGGACCAAAAUACAAAUGCACAGUAUCUCUAGACUUCAUCAGAGCUAUUGCUAGGACGGUGAACUUUGACAUAAUAAAAUACUUGUAUGAUUUCUUGUGAAAACAAGCUUCAAAGCCAUAUGGACACUGUGACAAUGACUAAGCCAAGCUGUGUUCAUCCAACUCCUUAGCUGGCCAGGGAGAGGAGUUCUUUGGCUCUAUUGGAUUUGUCCAGACAGGUGCUGGCCCAGCAUGGAAUCUGAUGAAAAUACUCUGAUUGGUCUGGGUGGAUGUGAGCAGAAGACUAUUUACCAAGGACCCUGGAGUAUUUGGAAGCAAUGUGUUAAUUAUAAACAGCAGGGUUUGAGCACAAUCUGUUCUACUCUUAAUGAUGUUAUCUUAACACUGAAAUUGCCUGAAACCCAUUUACUUAGGACUACAUUUUGCUGUGAACUAUCCCCUGCGCUUUGAAGGUGCCAGCAGCCCUUGUACAUAAGCCCAGCCUUUCCACUUCCUCUCCACAGGUGCCUCUGCAGUUGCUUGCCAAAGCAGAUUUUCCUAAGGCCCCUGUUUUAAAAGAUCAUAGUUGCAAAAUAUAAUAAAUAGAAGGGCUUUUUAAAUCCAAGCUUGUAUAUGCUUAUCUUUCACCCUGCCUUUCUCAAAAGGCAAAAUAGUUUGAUCAGAUACAGGCCAAUCUUCCAUCUAUCUUUAAGUCUAUUUGGUAACCAGUGUGCUUGUGUGAGGUUUAUCUGGUCAUUCUUGGAAUUAACCACUCCAACUAGCUUUUUUAAUCCGCAUGAUAAUUUUCUUUUUUAAAUCAUUGGCCUUUAAAGUUCCACAAUAAAAUUUUUUUCUGUUAUAUCA